AAUAAAAGUCAAUAUGUUGAGACUGAAAAAAACAAAGACCGCUUGAUGUUCAGUCGUGACUGUUGAUGCAGAUCGAUUAUAUCAUGGAAAGAUCGAUUCAUCUGCUGCUGUUCUUAGGACUUUGUCUCUUCACCCAGAGCAUCUCAUGUCAGUACGGGUAUAUUAUGAUCCAGCAGAUGAAGACCUGGUAUGAUGCACAAGCUUACUGCAGACAGAAUCACAUUGAUCUGGCCAUUGUUGAAAAUUAUGAAGACUGGACACGUCUACAAGAAGUAGUACAAUACAAUCCAAUGAGUUCAGUGGCCUGGACUGGACUGUACAAUGACAUUAAUAGCUGGCGGUGGUCUUAUCAAGAUGAGAAUGUUGCAUUCUUCAACUGGAAUAGUACACAACCAGACAAUCUGAAUAGAAAAGAGCAAUGCGUUAUUUUAUCAAGUGGGUUUGGAUGGCAUGAUAAGGAUUGCACAAUGUUAUUUCCCCUUUUUUGCUUCGAUGAAACUCAAACAGAAGCAAACACAUUUGUUUUAAUCGCCAAUGUGAUGACCUGGCCUGCAGCUCAGAUCUACUGCAGACAACAUUUCACAGACCUGGCAACCAUUCAGACUCAAGCUGAGAAUGCUCUGGUGACACAAUUGAUGCAAGCAAGUGGGAUUUCUACAGCAUGGAUUGGUCUGUUUAGGGACUCGUGGAAGUGGUCAGAUGGAUCAGAUGUCUCCACAUCCUCCAUUAACUGGAAAUUUGGAUACCCUGCCAUUACAGGGAAGAAGCCACCGUGUGGUGCUGCAGAUUCCAACGGUCUGAUAGUAGAUCAACUUUGUGCAACAACCUCUCCUUUCAUCUGCAUGCGAACGGAGUUAAGGAAAGAGAUCGUGAGAGUGGAGUUCAAAUUUGGCAACAAUCUGAUUGACCCUGAAGUGUUGGAGAGCACCUUACUGUUGAUAAAGCAGAAACUGAAGAAUCGUGGGAUAAAGAACACAGGAUUGACAUGGAGACUGCAACCAGGAGGAAAUAUUUUCUCACCAAAAUAUAAUCCAGAUAACCCAGCAUCCAAGGAAACAUUGCAUUGUCAACAACAAUUACAAUGAAUCAGCGAUUAUUAUAGAAAAAUGUUGAAAUGUCAGCAAAAUGUUAAUUGUAAUGGAACUUAAUUAUGGUACAAUGUUUUGUUGUUUCAACUUCGUGUUUUUACUCUCAACAAAUUAAACAAAAAUGAAAUUAAUAUGACACAGCUUAAAAUCAACAUUAAAUCUCUCAAGAUCUCACCAGACGAGGAUUAAAUAACUCCAUCUAUAGUAAAUGAAAAAAGCAGAGAGCGAUGGAUUAUGUAAGACAGUGGUUCUCAAACUGGGGGCCGCGAGAUGGUGCCAGGGGGCCCCCAGUUUUAUGACAUUUUAUAAAAUAAAUAAAUUUAUCAUGAAUUCUGUGCAAUUAAACCUAAAAAAAUAAGACUACUAAUCAACAGCACAACUUCGUAUCAUUUAAUAUGUUUUGUUUCGUUUUGUUAUGUUUCUUGUCAUAAAUUUUCUUUGGGGGGCCACGAAGGAAUGCGCCAUACACAAGGGGGGCCGCACGCUGAAAAAGUUUGAGAACCACUGAUGUAAGAGACCCCUUUUAGGAAACUUGUUAUUUUUAUCUGACAUACUGGUGAAUUCCAACUAACACAAUGCAAAUAAGAAGUAUUAACUAAUCAUUCUGAAUGAGAGCUUUUGUUGACAUAACAGAAAUAAGUGAAGAUCUUCAGAGAUCUUAAGUGAAUUAAUGUUCAUGUUAUGUUAUUUGCAGUUGAUGUUUAACUAAAGCUUACCUGUCAGUCAGCUGUAGUUGUGUUUCUGCUGUUAACUUUUCUUUUUUCAACUUUCCUUCAGUUAAGUUCAAUAAACUAAGAGCCAUUGCACAGUUUAGACCUGUUUUAACUCAGUCAAAAUAACAAAAUAGGUCAAGUUAAGUCAAUAAAUCGCUUUAAGAAUGUAGAUAUUAAUAUUAGUGUUCAUUCAAUGUCACUGUUAUCUGUGUGCACUCUCAGCUUUCAUCAAAUUUAUGAAGUUACUAACACAUCUGUGAAGCAAUUUAUCAGAUUGACCUUUAAACUUUUUAAAUGGUCUGUCAUAUAUAAACUGGGGCUGUGUUGACUGCUGUAAAGACUCCUCUAACUUCUGCUAUGCAUUAUUAAAUCUAAACUUUAAUUAAAACAUAUCUUAUACUUUUUUUCCAGUACAUACAUAUAUAAUAAUUGUGGGUUAUAAAUGGUAAAUCCAAAUUAUUUUAUCAGUUCAUUACUAAUUUAGUUCAUAAUUAAUAAUGGCAAGCACGCAACUGAGACUUUGAUUUGCUUGGUGAAGAAACUAUGAAAAUAUUUGUGCUAAAAUGAAUUAUAAGUAUAUA